GUUUCAGAGAUGGCGGACUUCGUAGUCGUGAUGCCGUCGAUGAAGGACGCCGUGAUCCAGCACCUUCGGGACAGCUUCUUCGCCGACGAGCCCCUCAAUAAGGCGGUGGGGCUCUGCGAGAGGGGCCAACCACACGCGGCCUUAGAACGUCUUUGCCUCGCAACUAUGACCGAUGGUCUUUCUAUUGCUGCGAUGGACGGUGACAAGGUGUUAGGCGUUGCUCUGAACGGCAUUUUAUGACACGGCGACAUCGAGCAGUCGAUCGAGAAGAUAAAGCAGUCCACCGACGAGAAGUUCAACAAGAUAUUCAACAUUCUGUACACUGUCAGCCGGGAUUUGAACCUCUUCAAUACUUUUGAGGUGGAUCUAAUCAUGGAGUGCCGGAUCAUAUCGGUACACGAGAACGCUCGUGGACGUGGUCUCGCCAAGGAGCUGAUGAAACGAAGCAUCGAUCUUGCCAGGGAUAAUGAGUUUAAAUUGUUCAAGGUAGACGCAACGGGCGCAUUUUCUCAACGCAUUUGCAGGAGCCUAGGCCUCGAAGAGCUCAAAAGCGUUCGCUACGAUGAGUACUGUGAUGAGAGUGGAACACCUAUUUUUAGAGUUCCACCACCGCACCACGCCCUCUGUGUUAUGAUUUUGAAACUUCCAUGAAUAGUUUCAGUACGUGAAUACUAGAUGUCGCUUUCGUUGAAAUGUACAACCGUUUUAAUAAAUUCCAUUAUUUCAUUUACACAUUUUACAUAGAUUUUGAAAAUUUUAUAUAUUUUAGUAGUACAUAUUUUAAGCUGUGUAAGCUUAUAGUACCGGGAUUGUUUAAAUGUACUUUGGAUCAAACUGGUUAUGAGCGCAAUGGAGAUAAUAGCAGAAACGUAUCUAUGUACAAGGGAUGUAUUAAGUUUUUUUUUUAUAUUUUUUAUUGCCUUUUUAGGCAGACGAGCAUACGGCCCACCUGAUGGUAAGUGGUUACCGUCGCUCAUGGACGUCAGCAAUGCCAGGGGCAGAGCCAAGCCGCUGCCUACCAUAAAAGUUAUAUCCGCAAUCUCUCUUUUAUUACUAUUGUUAUUGCUUGCGUUACCGUUGUUACUAUGUACAUUAUGGUUUUUUUUUUUUUUAUAACAAUGAGAGGCAAACGAGCAAGACGGGUCACUCGAUGGUAAGUGAUUCACCGCCGCCCACGGUCACCAGCGUUUACGCCAGUGCCUACCCUUCAGGUAAGAAUAUGCUCUUUUUCUUGAAUAACCCAAUGUCGCAGUUGUUGGGAAAGACCGCUGAUGGCAACGAUGGUUGCCUAAAACAUAUCGCUAUUAGCGAUAAGUUGUGAAUUGCUUAUUUCCAUGAAUAAAGUUUUAUCUAAAUUCCUAUAUCUGUGUCACAUACAGAAACACAAGCAGUGGUAUAAAUAUUAUUAUUAGUGCCUACGUAAAAUGUAGCUGGAACCAAUCUAACUCAUCAUCAUCAUCAUCAUCAUCAUCAGCCUUUAUCUGCCCACUGCUGGACAUAGGCCUUCCCCAAUGCCUUCCACAUAAUGCGGUCCUCAUUUUUUCAUUCCUCAAUCUUACUCAUCGCUAUGAAUAAAUUAUGUUAAAUAGAGGCAAUUUAAAAUAUUUUGAAUUGAAGUUACGAAAAAGCAUUUUGAUUAAGAGUAAAAAAAUUUUUUUGUUGUUGUAACUUUGGUGAUUCUGUUCAACAAAUAAAUUGCUUCCAGUGAGAAGAUCUAGUAUACUCAUUACCUGGUAUAUUACUAGUUUGUAGUAUUCAUGUUUGAUAGUACUAUUUUAUUAUUUUGUAGAACAUUUACCAUAUUUUGGGAGUAGUUGUCUACAUAUUGUAUCGUAGAUGUCUCUAAAAUGGCACAAAUUAUCUAUAUUCUGUAUGGUUACAGUAGUGAAUAUUAAUACACUAUCGCUGAGAUAUAUAACUGUUAGCUCGAUGUGUAGUAAUGAUGUUGAAUAUUUAUCGAAAAUGUAUAUUAAAACACUGUAUCUAAUUAGUAAA